GCACGUCACUGUACGCAGAGGCUGUUAUGCCUACAGUACAUAACACGUUUCGUAAUUCGUAAAUUAUGCAAGUAAAGUAGUACGUACGAGUAAUUCAUAGCCAGUUCUCAUUUCUGGUACGCCACCAUAAGACGACAAAAAUCACACAGAUUAGAUCAAAAGGUUUCUGUUCUUAGAGCUCGAAAUUACUCAGUUAGAAUAAAUUCCCUUACAGCCAAUUAAAACCCUGUCAAGUUUGAAAAGCUUGAAAUUCAGUCAAUUGAGCAAUUGGAAUGGCGACGGCGGGGGAGAAACCGGUGAUGGUGGUGGGGCUAGAUGACAGCCAACACAGUUUUUAUGCAUUAGAGUGGAUUUUGGAUCACUUCUUUGGCCCUUCACCUAAUUCCCACGCUGCUCCUUUCAAGCUCCUCAUCGUCCAUGCUAAACCUACUGCUACUUCCGCCAUCGGCCUCGCCGGUCCUGGAGGUGCUGAUGUAUUGCCGUAUGUGGAGGCAGAUUUGAGGAAGAUUUCUUCUAGGGUUGCCGAAAAAGCUAAGCAGAUCUGUUCUGCUAAAUCGGUAAACGAUGUUGUAGUUGAGGUUGUGGAAGGUGAUGCUAGGAAUGUCUUGUGUGACGCUGUAGAGAAGCAUCAUGCCUCUAUGUUAGUUGUUGGUAGUCAUGGUUAUGGCGUUCUAAAGAGGACUGUUUUGGGAAGUGUCAGUGACUACUGUGCUCACCAUGCCCACUGCAGUGUGAUGAUUGUGAAGCGCCCAAAGGUCAAGGCUUGAUAUCUUUCUGAUUUGUAUCCGAUUCUUGUUGUCUGAACAAGUUUUAGAGCUUGUGAUAAUUGCUCCAAGUGGAGGACUUGGUUUAUUGUCUGUAUUUAUCCGAUUGUUUGACUCUUAAUAACCAUAUUUAUGUAUAUUUCAAUGUAAAAGUUCUGCCGUGUAACAUAUUGUGGCUAAAUUUCAUACUCUUUAUAAUAAAUCCCGCUCUCUUUUCUGUCCA